GGGAAAAAUUAGACGAGUCAACAAAAGGCAUCGAACGAAAAAGAGAAAAAGACAAAUCCAAAGAAAACACAGUAAUCAGAACCAUCUCCCGAAAGUCUAUGGUGCUUUCAAUUUCUACAUUUCCGGUUCCUUCUCCUCUGUAAGAAUCGCCGAUACUUCUUCCCCUACCUCGAAAGCCAAGACCUAUGCACACGUUUACAUAUGUUUAUGAUGAUUUUCUGUAAAUUUUAAAUAAUCACUUGCCCCCCUGCCUCUAUCUGUUAAUGAAAAAAACUGGUAAUUGUUGAUUUCUGCUUCAAGAUUUUGUUUAUUUUGUGGAAAGUUAAGGCCUACGCGGAAGGGUUCUCCUUCUUCGGUUAUUUUGAGGAGCUUUGAGUGCGAAAGAAUUCAAAUUUUGAGCUUGGGGUUUCAAGAAAUAUUGAGAGGGCAUGCUUGAGAUUUGGUUUGAUUUAUGACAUUUGUUUUCUGUAUUGAAGUUGUGUUUGGAUGAAAAGGGGAUUUUUUGCCCCACCCCUGAUUUGAUCAUGGAGGCUUGCUUGUUUUUGUAUGGAUGAAAGUAGGUUCUGUCUGCUUAUUUUUAAUCAUACCUCUGCAUUUUCUGUGCCGCACUGCUUAAGUAAAAGAGCUGCUGAAUGUCCUAGUAUGCCUUAUGUUCGAAAGUAGAUAUCUGUGGGCUGUGAAAUAAUGAUCAAACAGAUAUUUGGUAGAACUCCAAAGAAACAGCCCAAGUCGGCUGGACACCAUGCCUCUAAUUCAGAUGCUUCAACAAGCACAAAGAGAAGUGACAAAAAACAAGUCAGAGCUUCUUCAAAUACUGUUAUUUCAUCUCCUUUUCCCAUACCCAAUAGCGUCGCGGACGGUAACUCCAAACCAAACAGAACCUCUCUUAUGUCAGCAUAUGAAGCCUUGCUGAGUUUCCGAGACGUCCCCACUUCUGAGAAGCAAAGUUUGUUCAUCAGAAAGCUAAACAUGUGCUGUGUCGUCUUUCAGUUCAGUGACCCCACAAAGAACCUCAAAGAGAAAGAGAUCAAGAGGCAGACGUUACUCGAGCUAAUGGAAUACGUCACUUCGGCCAAUGUGAAGUUCACAGAAACAGUCAUGCAAGAAGCUGUGAAGAUGAUUUCUGCGAAUAUAUUCAGGGAGCUCAAACCACAGCCAAGAGAGAACAAGGUGGAAGCGUUUGAUGUUGAAGAUGACGAGCCCGCCAUGGACCCAGCAUGGCCACAUUUACAAAUCAUUUACGAACUUCUCUUACGGUUCGUUGCAUCGCCCGAAACAGAUGCAAAGAUUGCAAAGCGUUAUGUUGAUCACUCAUUCGUCCUCAAAUUGCUUGACCUCUUUGACUCCGAGGACCCAAGAGAAAGAGAGUAUUUGAAAAUCAUAGUUCACCGCAUCUACGGGAAGUUUAUGGUUCACCGGCCAUAUAUACGUAAAGCUAUAAACAAUAUAUUUUACCGUUUCAUCUUCGAGACUGAAAAACAUAACGGAAUUGCCGAAUUGUUGGAGAUUUUGGGUAGCAUAAUCAACGGAUUUGCUUUGCCAUUAAAAGAGGAGCACAAGCUUUUCCUUGUGAGGAUGUUGAUCCCUUUGCAUAAGCCAAAAUGCUUGCCUAUGUACCACCAGCAGUUGUCAUAUUGUGUAACACAGUUUGUGGAGAAAGAUUGUAAGCUUGCCGAUACAGUUAUUAGGGGAUUGUUGAAGUAUUGGCCGGUGACGAAUAGCUCAAAAGAAGUUAUGUUUCUUGGUGAAUUGGAGGAAAUCUUGGAGGCAACUCAGGCUGCAGAGUUCUUAAGAUGUGUCGUGCCCUUGUUUCGCCAAGUUGCUCGUUGUUUGAGUAGCAUGCACUUCCAGGUGGCAGAGAGGGCCCUGUUCUUAUGGAAUAAUGACCACAUCGAGAAUCUAAUAAAACAAAACAGGAAGGUAAUCCUCCCUAUCAUCUUCCCUGCACUUGAGAAAAACGCCAGAAGCCACUGGAACCAGGCCGUCCAUUGUUUAUCGCUCAACAUUAGAAAGGUCUUCUAUGAUCUCGACCCUGAUCUCUUAAAAGAGUGUUUGCACAAUUUCGAGGAAGAAGAGUCAAAGGAGAACAAUGUGCGGUCAAGGCGUGAAGCCAGAUGGAAACGUCUAGAAGAACUUGCAGCCAAGAAUGCUACAAGCAACGAAGCGGUUCUUGUGCCUAGGAUGGGAUUUUCUUGAACUUUUAUUCUUCCUGAUAGUGGUUUUUGUUAUUUAUUUUAUUUUGUGUGUUUUAUUGUUGUUGAAAGCUUUUUGUUAGUAGAGAAAAGUUUGCAGGGAAGAUCAGAAGAUGCGUUGUUAAAAGGGAAUUGAAUAGUCUGUUUUCCUGUUUUUUCGCGUCUAAGAUGAUGCUAUUUUAUAAGGAAUUAUUAUCACUUGUGGUAUGUAGUAUUAUUUUUUCAUUCACAUCUGUAACCUGUACCUAAUUACCUAUACAGCCGACUUUG